GGGUAAAAUAGACAUAACAGCAGCCGGUCCAUAUCCAGGCGGUGUUACAUCGGCGAGCCAAAUCCGUUCUUUUGAACUACGAAACCGCAGAGCCAAAUCCUCUCUCUCUCUUUCUCUCUCUUCUCUCCGGCGUUCUCCGGAGCGAAUUCUUUCUCUCUCUACGUCGCCGAUUGCGUUCGUGGUUUUUUUACCAUCGAAUUGCACACUCGCACAUUGUCUUCUCAUUUUACUACUGAAAGGAACAAGCCGAAGCCUAGAUUUGAUUGCACUCCGUUUGGGCAUAUUCAAGCUCCGGUCGCCGCAGCCGCCGCGUGUUUAUUUCAGCAAAAUGAGCAAAAGUGAUGUAGAGAUGGAGGAUGCCGAAAAGCUCCCUAAUGAUUCAGGAAAUAAUGUUGAAGAGGGCAAAUCGGUUGAUGCUAGUGUUGAAAAGGAAGGAGAAAAAAUUCCAUGUCCAGCUGCUGUCUUUGAGGAUGUAAAUGGAUGUGAGAAUGGGGGAGCAAAUAAAGGCAGAGAAGAAGAUAUUGACGAGACUAAUGUCUUGGCUGAGUUGAAAGAUCAAGCUAACUCUAACAGUGAGGCCUAUGAGCCAACAGAGGGACCAGUCAGUGAAAAAAUCAAUUCAGGAAGUGACAAUGAGGAACUAAUAUCCACCGAAACUGGGGCUGAAGAGCAAACUGCUUCGAGAAGUGCAGUGGAGAAACAAACUGAUGUAAAAAAUGACGUGUUUGAACAGAAUGUUACUAAUGGUAGGCUGGAAGAAGAGAAGAAGACCACUGAGAAUGGCCUGGACGGUGGAGACGAGGUGAAAAAUGUGGAGGAAAAACCCAAUGAAGAUGCUGUAGAGGAAAGUCCCAAAGAUAUUGGCAUGGAGGGUACAGAUUAUGUUGAACAUGUUGCAGUAGGGGAAAAGACAAUGGAAAAAGCUGAUGCUGGGAAUAAUUUUACAGGAGAUGUGCAGCUUCCAACUGACUUAUCUGCCAUUGAAGCUCCUCAAAUACAGAAUGCUGAGCAAGAUGAGGUUCAGCAGGGUAAGGAUGAAGAUAUGAAAGCUGCAGCUGACUUGGACAAAAGUAAAACAUCUAUAGAUGAUAUACAAGAACAUGGUGCGGAAACAGUUCUUGCUAGCCGUGGAAUUGUUGAGAACGAUAAUAGUGUUGAGACUGCUGCCAAACUUGAUGGUCAAGAUUCAUCGCCUGCGAACCAGCAUGAAACUGCUACUCCCAGUUCUCUUGUCAGAUAUUCUCAAGCAAGUGGUGGAGAUCAUAGUGGAGAAACAAAGAAUGCUUUUACUCCAGUAACGCUACCUCUGAUGGGAGAGAGCGACGAUGGAACACCAGAUGAACAAGCAGCAUUUAUGAAGGAACUUGAAAGCUUCUGUAGGGAGAGGGCAGUGGACUUCAAACCACCCAAAUUUUAUGGGCAGCCACUAAAUUGCCUGAAGUUAUGGAGGGCUACAAUUAGGUUGGGAGGCUAUGACAGGGUAACUGGAUCCAAGUUGUGGAGGCAGGUGGGAGAGUCGUUCCAUCCACCAAAGACUUGUACAACAGUUUCUUGGACAUUCCGCAUUUUCUACGAGAAGUCUCUUCUGGAAUAUGAAAGACAUAAGACACAAAGUGGCGAGCUUCAACUGCCGGUAGCAGCACUUACUGACGCUUCUCCUGUUGACGCUGAUGGAAAUGGUCAUCAAAUAUUAGGAUCAGGAAGAGGUAAAAGAGAUGCUGCUGGUCGUGCUAUGCAAGGUUGGCAUGUCCAAACCCUUUUUCCAAACGGUGAUGCUGGCGAGCCAAUUAUAAAGGACAAGAAUCUUAACACAAUGGCGAAGCGCGAGAAAACUCUCAAAAGCAUUGGCUCCCUAAAACAGAAGAGACCAAACGAUGUGGAGCAUUCAAAUAAAGCCGCUCGAACUGAAACAUCUAAGCAAUUGGUUACAUCAGUUGUUGAUGUUGGACCCCCGGCUGAUUGGGUGAAGAUUAACGUACGCCAGACUAAAGACUGCUUCGAGGUUUAUGCCUUAGUUCCAGGCCUGUUACGCGAAGAGGUACGAGUCAAUCGGAUCCAGCUGGACGUGUCGUCAUAACAGGUCAGCCUGAGCAAGUUGAUAAUCCCUGGGGGAUUACACCAUUCAAAAAGGUGGUGAGCUUACCUGCAAGAAUUGAUCCAAUUCAGACAUCUGCUGUGGUUAGCCUUCAUGGGCGUCUCCUUGUCCGAGUUCCUUUUGAACAGCCAAAUAUAUAAGGAACUAAAUCUUCCAUCUCACUAAUUUGCAACGAAUUUCAUCAUCCUUUUGAAUGGAUCACCGGUAAAAAAAAAAAGUCAGUUAACUCAGAAGUUUCUUUAACUUUAUGAAUGUGAUUUAUAUUAUUACUCCUUACCUUUGUAUUGUUUGCAUUAGUGAUUAGGGUUUAGUGGCUUAAUCUUAUUACCCAUAAAAUUAUGGAGGCUUUUCGGCUUUGGCCGCCCCAUUAGCUUUUGUAUUUGUCUGUAAGUUGUAACUGGUAAUUGGGCACACUUUACGUGUUUUCUCGUUCUACCAACCUUUUUUUGUCGAAAUUGAUGGAUUUAAUUUUUCUUUAAUA